AUGUCAGCGAUCAAAUUUUUUAUUCAUCGUCCAGACAUUGAUGUACCACUUGCUUAUCGUUUACAAAUGUCUCUGUUUAAAAGUAUGGAUUGGAAUAAAUUGAUGAAAAAGUUGCAUGAGAUAACACAUUUUCAAUUUGCUGGUUUUACACUUACGUGGAAUGAUGGCUUUCAUAAUUGUAUACUUACAGAUAUAAAGGAUAUCAUGAGAGCCGUGGAGUAUAUCCAAGACAAAGAAUUGGUUGAUGAUUGCCUACAUGUAAAAGUCAAUAUUAUUCCAAAAUCUUUACCAAAUCAAAGUGUAUGUGGUAAUCUUCACCAGUCUAAUAAACCUAUUUAUUAUCCCUAUCCACCAACGUAUGCAGAAGCAAUAGGCUCACAGGCACCAUUCACUUCUAAGGGGAAAAGCAAAGUGGCUACUAAAGUUAUCAUAAUUCGUCCAAAUCAACAGAAUGACAAUCAAGAAGACAGUAUUCACUAA